AGAUAAAUCCGCAGCAGCGAUUGAUAUUUCAUCGUUGAAAGAAAUUAGCGUUUAGUUCCAGUCACUACAGGAAACUCAACAGUCAGUACAUCCUGUUAACAAUGAUCCGAUUGGUAGUACUCGGUUUAUGUUUAAGCGCCGUUUUCGCAGCGACCUUAGAUGGCAAGGAAACCCGGAUCGUAGGUGGGGUUAACGCGUUGGCUGGCGAGUAUCCGUACAUCGUUUCAAUUCAACGAAGUGUUCUGCUCAGAUUCAACCACAUAUGUGGGGGUAGUAUCCUGAACACUUUCCACGUACUGACGGCAGCACAAUGUUUCUUCAGUAACCCCAACAGUCGAUACCGCGUUCAAGCGGGCAAAUUGUACUUAAAUUCGGUUGAAAUCACUGAACAAACCAUCAACGUUCAACGAGUCACUUUGCAUCCUGGUUUUAAUGGAGGAGUCAGCCCAUAUGAUAUAGCUGUGGUACGUCUUGCAUCACCUUUCGGUCUCACAAGUAUGAUCCAGCCGAUUGUGCUACCGGUGAUCGAUUCCAUCCCUAGCGGGGUUGUACGAAUCGCUGGAUGGGGAUCAAUCUCCAUGGGCUGGCUGCCCAGUAUGCCCAACCAUCUGCAGCAGACGCGAGUCGCUAUCUUUCCCAAUUUGGAGUGUCAAAUUAUACAAGGUGGAUCCGGUAUUGGUCCAGUUACCGUUAACAACGUUUGCUUGGGACCCAUCACAGGGGGAAUUAGUGCAUGCGAUGGAGAUACGGGCGGUCCAGUGGUCCAAGUGGAUGGAGAUCGAAAUGUACUCGUUGGGAUCAUCUCAUGGUAUCCUAGCUCGUGUGGGCAGUCGGGAAUACCUACUGUAAGCGUACGUGUUUCGGCUUUCAUCGAAUGGAUUAACCUACACUCGGCGAUAUAAUGGCAUAACAAUAAUAACGAGCGAAUAAAAUUGAACGAGGGUGUGUAAUAUCAA